UGCUCUUUUCAUCUCAGAACUGAUUUUUUUUUUGUUGCAGGGUUUCUCUGAUUGUUCUUAGUUUGUCAAUUUAUUUGUUUAUUUAUUUGAAAAUUGCAUUUCUUCGUUCGCUUUGAUCUAACAAAUGGAUGCAGGAUCUUACCGUUAUUCUUUCUCGUCUUCAACUGAGAAGGCUCAGUCAAGAUGUCGCCAACCCCUUGCGAGGGUUGGAUCCACAGUCUACAUCCCUCCUCUACGCAGUUCUUCUUCCAAUCCACCUUCUUACAGGCAAAGCCUUGAUUUGUCGUUAUUUCAUGCGUCUUCCUUUCAACAUCAGAUAAUUUAUCCGGACCUUCUAAAAUUUCUAUCUUAUUGGUCUCAAUAUCAGGGAGACAGGUUCAUACCAGAUAGAUCUGCAAUGGAUUUUGAUGUUGCGCAUUACUUGUUAACUCAACCCAGAAAGGAAAAGGAGAACACUGAAGUUGUUUCACCUGCAAAAGAGGCCUAUCGUAAGCUGCUCGCUGAGACCUUUCUAAAUAACAGAACCAGGAUAUUGGCAUUCAAUAGAAAGCCUCCAGUUCCCACUGAUUCAAUGCUCGCAGCAAUUUCUGAGGCUACUGCUUCCAACCAAAACAAGACUACCAAGAGCAAAAGAUACAUUCCCCAGUCAGCAGAGAGGACAUUAGAUGCUCCAGAUCUUGUGGACGAUUUCUAUUUGAAUCUGCUUGAUUGGGGAAGUAGAAAUGUUUUGUCCAUUGCUCUUGGCAACACUGUGUACUUGUGGAAUGCUUCUGAAGGUUCUACUUCUGAGCUUGUGACCGUCGAAGAUGAUUUUGGUCCUGUCACCAGUGUUAAUUGGGCUCCUGAUGGUCAGCAUCUUGCCAUUGGACUGAACAACUCUGAAGUUCAAUUGUGGGACUCGAGCUCAGCUCGACUUUUGAGAACACUAAAAGAAAUUCAUAGAUCUCGUGUUGGAACACUUGCAUGGAAUAACAAUAUCCUCACAACAGGUGGAAUGGAUGGAAAGAUUGUGAACAAUGAUGUGAGGAUAAGAAACCAUGAAGUGAACACCUACAGAGGUCACCAGCAAGAAGUUUGUGGAUUGAAAUGGUCUGCAUCUGGCAAGCACCUAGCUAGUGGUGGCAAUGAUAACCUGCUUCAUAUAUGGGAUUUCUCCGUGGCCACCUCUUCUUCAUUCUCCUCAGCUGCAAAUCAAAACCAAUGGCUCCACAGACUUGAGGGCCACAAUGCUGCUGUUAAAGCUCUUGCUUGGUGUCCUUUUCAGAGUAAUCUUCUUGCUUCCGGCGGAGGAGGCACCGAUCGAUGUAUCAAGUUCUGGAACACCCUAACUGGGGCUUGCUUGAAUUCAGUUGAUACAGGCUCACAGGUUUGCGCGCUGCUAUGGAACAAAAAUGAGCGUGAGCUGCUGAGUUCUCAUGGAUUUACUCAGAACCAGCUCACACUGUGGAAGUAUCCAUCUAUGGUGAAGGUUGCUGAACUCUGUGGACAUACUUCUAGAGUUCUAUACAUGGCUCAGAGUCCUGAUGGAUGCACAGUGGCGACAGCGGCUGGAGAUGAGACAUUGAGAUUUUGGAAUGUGUUUGGGAAUCCAGAAGUGGAUAAGCCAGCAGCUAAGACAAAAUGCACAGAACCCUUUGCUAAUUAUAGCCGCAUCAGAUGAGGAAAACUUUAUUCAACAGCAGA